GAUGUGAAGGCAGGUUGUCUACAUGGGCUCUCACACACUGUUGGAGUGAUCGCCUUUCUAGACUUUCCUCUAUACCUCAUGGAAAUUUUUAAGAACUGGAGUUCACUACAUGGAUAUGUCAUGUUUGUUUUCCUCACGAGUCUCAGCAAAGGUUUUGCAUGUGAGGCUCCUUCCAGUCCUCAGUGCUUCAGACGAAAACCUGAUGAUACUGUUUACACGUGUGAGUGGAGCCUGAACACGACUCGGAGCGACGUGACGUUUAAUCUUUACUUUGAUGAGACAAAAUUUGUGAACAUCAAGGGAACUUUCUUAGAGAUUGUUGAGGAACAAUUGAUACAAUUCCGCGCCGUCAACAUUUGGGUGGAAGCUCACAUAGGAAACUCAGUCUGCAAAUCACCAAAGACAUCUGUUGUACUCAUACAUGCAGUAAAAUAUGAAGCACCACAAAAUAUUUUAGUCUCCUGGUUAAAAAGCAAUCUCAGCUUAAGCUGGAUAGCUGCAGAGAAGUAUCCAGCUUUAGCAGAAGUCUGGUUCCAUCGGGAUGAACACCCCACAGAAAAGUGGGAUAAAAGAUUAAUAAAUACCACCUAUAAGGACAAUAAGGACAAAUACCAGGUCAUUGUUGGGAAUCUACAGAAGAAUUCGGCUUACCAGGUUAAGAUCAGGCAGCAAUCCACUAGAGCCAAAGACCCACUGUGGAGCAACUGGUCUCAGGUUACGGUUCCUGCAGAACUUGAACAUGAGCCUAAUGUCACCAUGACAACUACAAGUAUAAAUGGCACUCGACAGGUGACACUAACGUGGAUGCCGAUGCCACUUGCAGCAGCAGUGAAGAAUGUGACACUGAAUUCUUCUCAUGGAUGUCAUUGUAUGACGAGAACACAUCACACCAACAAAACUAUUCACACUGUGUACGUGUCAUACUCUGCCAUCAACAUCUCUGUUAUUGCCAAAAAUGAUGUGGGCGAGUCUCCUCCAGCAAUCGUGCAAGUACCAGCAGAAUAUGCAUCAGAUUUAAAACCUUGUAACAAAACCUUAGUGAAUAAAAAAUUAAAGAGGACAACUUGCCUCGAGUUGUACGAGCUUCAAGAUGCAGGUCCAGAGCCAAAACAAGUUAUAACUCUAACAGGAAGGAUGCAUCCAGAGAAGAAAAAUCAAACAAGAAAGAACCUGAAGGACUACAUUCGUUACCUUUACUUUGAACACAGAUGUCAUCGUGGGAAACCACAGACGGUUAAAAUGUGCUUCUUUUAUCAAAAAGAGGGUGUACCACUCAAGGAACCUCAGGAGUUCACAUCUUACGAAACAGACAGUUCUGCUGACCUGUCCUGGAAAGCGAUUCCCCCUGUGGACCAGCGAGGCUUCCUGACGCAUUACAACCUGUGCAGGGUGAAAAUCUCCCCGGAUGAGCAAAAAGAGUGCUACAAGAUACCAGCUUCAGAGACAAAGUAUCAUCUGGGAAACUUGACAGCUGGAAGCAAAUACAACAUCACCUUAGCUGGAGUGACACGAGUGGGAGAAGGGCCUAAAGCCUCAAAGUGCAUCCAAACAAAGCCAGGAAAACCUAUGAACGUGUGGUUGAGUUUCGGCUUGCUAUUUGUCUUCUUCUUAUUCUCAACAAUGUGCACCAUUGUCUUGAAGAAGAUCAAAGUCAAGAUUUUUCCUCCUGUGCCAAAACCUGUUAUUACAGAUUUCAUCCAGCAUCCAUCAAAGAGCCAAGGAAUCUUGGAGAAGAAAGAGGAGGUGCAUCAUGAGCUGACGCUGCAGCAACUUCCAGAGGGAAAAUCUGUGUCUGAGGAAGCAGACGAUGCCACUGUCGUCAGAGGGGAGUGGAACGAUGAGACUGAUGAGGACGAGGAGCACGAGGGGAGUGACUCGGAAGGACACAGUGAUGAGUGUUUGAGCCCUGGCUCUACAGAUGAGGCGCAGAGGAGCUCCAAAGAAGGAGAAGUGGCAGACCUUGAACAGGUGGACAGUGAGCUUGCAAUGCUGAUAUACAAGAACGGUUUGGUGUUUGAUAUGAAGAUGGACUUGCCUUAAGUGGAUUUAACUCAAGACUUUUCAACAUCACAGCACAAAAGUACCAAAGCACUAAGUACUAAAUCAAAUUUUGCUUGGGGAUCAAAUAGAGUGACAUGGAAAUCAGUUUCUAAUUUUUAUUUGUGUAUU